CGCAUUGCCACGUUCUACUCCCCUUUAUUUUCCAAGCACAAUCAGCGCUGAUGCAAUUUCCAUCGCCAUUUCCAGCAGCUCCACCACAUUCCCCACUGAUCCCCACCAUCACCUAGGCCAUAGCAUCAAACGUCGUCACUCUUUCUCAGCAUAGAAGUUAGCACCAAAAAUGGCCUUCUCUAGACAGCUGAGCGCUGAUUUCAAAAGCCGGGUGAUCACAUGCCUGAACCGGAUAUCGGACCGGGAUACCCUGACGGCGGCAACGAAUGAGCUUGAAGCCAUUGCAAGAGGUCUGUCCAAUGACGGAUUCUCCCCCUUCCUCACCUGCCUCGCCGCCACUGACUCCUCCGACAAGUCACCUGUUCGCCGCCACUCCGUCCGCCUCAUUGGGAUGCUCUCCUCCGUUCACGGCGACGCUCUAUCUCCUUAUCUGUCCAGAAUGCUCCACACCGUCCUCCGCCGCCUUCGGGACCCGGACACCGCCGUCCGCUCCGCCUGCGUCGAGGCCGUCUCAUCCAUUGCCUCGCAGAUCACCAAGCCGCCGUUCUCCUUCAUACUGAAGCCAAUUGUCGACUCAAUUUUCCACGAGCAGGACCAGAACUCCCAGACUGGGGCUUCUCUUUGCCUGGCCGCCGCGAUUGAAGCGGCUCCGGACCCUGACCCGGCGGAGCUGAGGAAACUGCUCCCGAGGCUGUAUAAACUGGUGAAGAAUGAUUGUUUCAAAGCUAAAGCAUCCUUACUAUCUCUAAUUGGUAGCAUUGUGAGCGUCGGCGGUGCCUCAAACCGACACGUACUUAACGGAUUAGUACCCACAGUAGUUGAAUUUUUGAGCAGCGAAGAUUGGGCGGCAAGGAAGGCAGCGUCAGAGACUCUGGGGCGGUUGGCCGUGGCGGAAAGAGAUUUGGUGGCCGAGUUCAAGACCUUUUGCAUAGCGUCUUUAGAUGCCAGAAGAUUUGACAAGGUGAAGGCCGUGAGGGAGACAAUGAACAGAGCAUUGGAUUGGUGGAAGGAAGUUCCGGCGUCUUUGGACGCCGUCGCCGUCCCGCCUGCUCUACCAACCAAGUUUUCGCCCAAAGAUUGUCGCAGUAGUGUGUCUUCCCCGACUUCAUCCAAAAGCUUGAGUGAUAAUGGCAUCGAAAUUCCCAAGAAGAGGCGUUCAUUCUCAAGAUGCAAAUCUCUUGCUUCCAGUACUAGUUCGUUCUCAUCUACAACCACCACAGAAAAGAACAGUCUUGUGAACUUUGUUAGUGUGAAACCAAAUAUCAUAAAGUCCUAUAAUAAACUGGAUAAUGCUGGAGGAUCCUCUGAAUUGAAAACAGAAGUCCUAGAAAAGCAGGUGUCCUCAUUAGUGUUGGCAGGCGAAGACAAUGAGAGUGAAAAGGUCAACAAGUCUGAUUCAACAGAGGAGGGUAAAAGUUGUUUGAAUUCAAGUUGUUGUGAAAGCAAUCCAGUCGUUCCAAAUGAAGCUUCUGGUGAAGUACAAGUCAGGUUUGGUAAUUCGAUUGUAGGAGAUCAUUUAACUGCCAUGAACGAUAGCAGGGAAAGUAAGGAUGAGUGUGCUGAUCUGUUUUUGAUACAUAAACAGCUUCGACUGAUUCAGAGUCAACAGUCUAGCUUAAUGGAAUUUCUUGAGACAUUUAUUGGGAGUUCCCAGAAUGGGAUGAAUUCAUUAGAGAAGCGUGUGAAUGGAUUGGAGAAGGUAUUGGAUGAAAUGCUGCAUUGUUUGGGGUUUUCGACCCCAAUGAUUCCAACCACUUGCCGCACAGAAUUCUUAAGCCCAAAUACGUGGAGGAAACAAGAGGGACUAAACUACAAUACAAGUUGUAUGCUGUCUACUAGAGGCCAGUCAGAGAAAGCCAUGAUGAUGCCAGAAAAAGUUGAAACUGCGCAAACGUUAAUAGAAAACGAUGCCCGAAAUCAGCACCAGAGUAUGUAUGACAUGGGAGAGAAGCACCGUGAGCUUAGGGAAACGUUUCGAGUCAUCUUCAAUCAGGAAAUGUGAGAGGGAUAAAAAGAAAUGCCAGGAGCACCGCGGUAUGCAUUGCUGGUAGGCUCAAUGCAGGGACGCUUAUGAAUUGCAUAAAACAGGAGACCUAAGCUUCAUUCUUUCAUUAAGAAAAGAUUUUCAGUCCUGCAGUUAGUUUACAAAUGAUUUGAUUCCUGUUUAUUGCUUGGUCAUGUAGAAGUGUAAUGAGGAAAUGUACGUAUGAUAUUUGUUUUUUUAUUUUUAUUUCAGUAUUCCACCAAUUCUUUUAUUUUUAUUUUGAUUUCAUGUGAAUAUAUAUAUUGAAGAACUACCGAGGAUGUUUUUGCUUGGACUGUUUUCAACCCCAAAAUAACCUAGAUCAUAUCUUAAAUUCA